AUGUCGGGAUACCCAGGUCAAGGUGGCUACGGUGCUCAGCAGCAUAACGGCGGCGCCUCAGGCUGGGGCUACGGCGGCAGCCCGGCUCCGGGAUACGGCUACAACGGACCGCCCCAGGGCUAUGGCGGUCCUCCUCCUCAAGGAUACGGUGGUCCUCCGCCGCCUCAGGGCUACGGCCCGCCACAGGGAUACAACGGUGGUCCUCCUCCUCAAAAUUACGGCCCUCCGCAGGGCUACCACGGCGGCCCGCCCCCGCCUCCCCAGUACAGCCGACCCCCGCCGCAGCAGAACCAGUAUCCGCCCCCGAACCGGCCGCCACCUCAGGGCCAUGACUCCUACGGUUAUCCUAUGGGCGGCGGCGGCGGCGGCGGCCAGAGGACGGGACCCCCGCCUCCUCAAGGAGCACAGGCUUUUGGCCAUGGCGCGCCGCAAGGCUAUACCUUCCAGUACUCCCAAUGCACCGGUCGCCGCAAGGCGCUGCUCAUUGGCAUCAACUACUUUGGCCAAAAGGGCGAGCUGCGCGGCUGCAUCAACGACGUCACCAACGUGUCGCGGUUCCUCAACGAGCGCUACGGCUACAAGUGGGAGGACAUGGUCAUCCUGACGGAUGAUCAGCAGGACCCUCGCAAGAUUCCCACCAAGCAAAACAUGCAGCAAGCCAUGGAAUGGCUGGUUCGCGACGCGCAGCCUAACGAUUCCCUCUUCUUCCACUACUCCGGCCACGGCGGACAGACGGAAGACCUGGACGGCGAUGAAGACGACGGCUUCGACGAGGUCGUCUACCCCGUCGACUACCAGCGCGCCGGCCACAUUGUCGACGACGAGAUUCACUACCGAGUCGUCCGACCCCUCAAGCCUGGCGUGCGCCUGACGGCCAUUUUCGACUCGUGCCACUCCGCCACUGCCAUGGACCUGCCAUACGUCUACUCCACCAAGGGUGUCCUCAAGGAGCCCAACCUGGCCAAGGAAGCUGGCCAGGGCCUGCUCAGCGCCAUCGGCUCGUACGCGCGCGGCGACCUGGCAGGCGUCGCCACGACUGUGUUCGGCUUCGCCAAGAGCGCGUUCAAGGGUGACGACGCCUACGAGAAGACCAAGCAGACCAGAACGUCGCCUGCCGACGUCAUUAUGUGGUCGGGCAGCCGAGAUGACCAGACAUCUGCCGAUGCCACCAUCAACGCGCAGGCCACCGGCGCCAUGUCGUGGGCCUUCAUCACCGCCAUCAAGCAGAACCCGAACCAGAGCUAUGUCCAGCUCCUCAACAGCAUCCGUGACAUUCUGGCUUCCAAGUAUACUCAGAAGCCCCAGCUCUCGUGUUCCCACCCCCUUGAUACGAACCUUCUCUUCGUCAUGUAA